AUGACUGUUCACGAGUUGCAGCCGCUGCACCUGCACAGACAGUUCGGUCCAAGGUUCUUAGUACUCUCUCCAUCCCAUCUCUCCCGAGAGCCCACAGACGACGCCCGUUGGCUCCUUCGUGAAUCACCUGCAAACCAUCCGCCAGGGUUGCAGGUACGUACUCUUUCCCUCUCACACACACCACCCUCUGCUGGCCCGAACCCACUGGCUGGGCUUCGGUUUGAGGACGAAGGAAACGAGCCAAUCAUCUACGUCAAAACGUUUCGACUUGAAACAAGAGCGGCGCUCGGCGGCCAAUCAGACCCUGUUUUCGACGUGACAGCGCAAGACGAUCACGACAAGAGGUGUGAACAUUUGUCCAAGUUGCGCUGCGUGGUUGGAAGCCACUGGAUCCAGCUGUACAGAGAAAAUGCGAACGUUGGCCGUCUGACGAGGAGGGGGAGGGAGAGCAGGCCGGGACAGGCGGGCGGGCGUUCUGUCUUCUCGGCUCGCCUGGGGUUAACUACCUACUGCGGAGCUCUUGUGUUGCUCUCCGGAUCGUGA